AUGGAGAAAUAUCCAAAAGUUUUUGUAUUGUUGAACGGUUAUUGUAAACAGGCAAAAAGGAACGGUUGUUCGGAAGCAUCCGGUACUGUAGCAUUAAUUUUAACUGAAACGAGGAAAAUCCUGGUGGAUUGUGGUGAUCCGUGGAAUGGUAAAUGUAUUAUCCAAGCGCUUGCGAAUUAUUCGUUAAAUUGUAAUGAUAUUACUGAUGUAAUAAUAACCCACGGACAUAGUGACCACUGUGGUAAUUUAUCACUUUUCCAACAAGCCAAAAUUUAUAUGGGUGAUGACGUGGCCAAGAAUGGUAUUUAUGAAAUUUAUGCGGACUUUUGGACAUUAGAUGAUUCUGUGCAGAUACGUUUAACUCCUGGCCAUACUGAUCAUGAUCGUAGUGUCAUAGUAACAGACACCGAAUACGGAACAGUUGCUAUUGUAGGUGAUAUUUUUGAAGAGGAAAAUGAUGAUAAUAGCUGGAAAACAAACAGCAAAUACCCGGACAACCAACAAAAAAGCCGUAAAAUAAUAUUAAGUGAAGCAGAUUGGAUUAUUCCUGGGCAUGGUGGAAUGUUCAAAAAUAAAUUAAAAAACAUUUAA